AUGGGCGACUCCCAGCUCUACAGCGACUCGUUCACCGUCGGCACGAUCAACAACCAGAAAUACGACCGCGUAUCCCGCAUCAGUGCGACCUCGAUCGACGGCCAAACCAUCAUGACGCUCGACAUCAACCACGAGCUCUACAGCCUACAGCCCAACGAUGCGUUCGACCUGACAUUGGCCAGCACGCUGAAUCUCGACGGCACGAAGGACGAGGGGCGGGGCUGGAGGGAAAAGGGCACGAAUCAGCAGGAUCUCAGUGAUAUGUAUGAUUAUGUGUGCUAUGGGAAGGUGUAUCGGUUUGAGGAGGGGGAUGGGGAGAAUAUAAAGGUGUACGUUUCUUUCGGUGGGCUGUUGCUGUAUCUUGAGGGGCCAUACAAGCGACUCACGCCGUUGCGGAUCGACUAUGUCUAUCUAUUGAUGAAGAAAUGA